GCAGCGAUUUGUUACAGCAUGCACUGUCAUGAUCUUAGCCAAAAGAGGAAUUCGAAUUUUGAAACAAAACUGAUUUCACAACAACAUUGCAAAGAUGUAUAGAUUUGCCUGAAAGCCAAAGAAUGAGUUAUGAUAGUCAUUCGAUAUUAUUAUCCCAAAUGAAGACUUUCACUGCUUUUGAAGUUGGUCAAGGUCUCAAAUUUGUACUAAAUUGUGGAUAAAUGUGAAAUGCAUCCGUGCAAUAAUUUUGACUGGAUCGGGACACUAUAGCUUGAAAAGAUUUCAGUGUUGGAUAUUGUGAUACAAUAGUCCCAUUCCGAGAAAAGGUAUUUGUUUAUUAAAGUGUCGUGGCUCGCGAGCCCGAAACUAUUGCAUUUUCAGAAAGAUUUAAUAAAUUUAGAAACUUUAUCACCUUCAACUUCCAAAUGAUACCGUUUUCCGACUCGGGGGAUGACUAUAUUUACAGCUGUUACUUUUCCAUCUUUAAUAUCAACAUUCUCGGUCUCCGUUUCUUCGUCACUAUACUAACCUGGCUCCUUGUUGAAAUUGCUCGACUCUGAGUUUUGUUCCUCUCUGAUCAAUAAAUCUCUAGUUAGAACAUCUUUAGAUAUGUUUCUUUGAUAUCUCUCGAUCGUUGGACGGACUAUUCUUAAGCGAAAACGCAAUCUUCUGAAAUUUAUGUGCUUAACAAGUUCAUAGCUAAAGGCUCCUUAGUAGUCAGUGUGCGGUUAGUUCCUGAAAGAACUUUGUAUUCAGUGAAGAUAGAUCGUCUCUGGAUGUCUCAAGACGGUACGAACGACUCCAGCCACAAAUUAGAGACGGUUUAUUCUUCACCAAUUUUACAAACCAUAUGCUUCAAAAAUAUGAAUUUCGCAAUUUCUUAUACUUGUGGACAAACAAAAUUUACGUAAUUGCAAAGGCGCCCGUGCGCUAUUUACAGUUCAUUCCGGCGAAAUUAAUUCACGACACUUUAAAGCCUCGAUGAACUCAGCGGCCAUAGCAUUGCCGGCUGUCAACUGAUUGCUUUGUUUUCUGAGAAUUUCCUAGCGUCAGUGCUUGCCGAGUGCUGCGAGACCGAGAAAAUCCUCUGUAAUCUCCCUGUUUUUCCAAACACCUGUCUUUCUUGGAGUGUAAAAAAAAAAACGGACACGAAAAAAAUUUCUUCCAUAGUUCCUGCGUCUGUCUUCUUAUUUGCCGUGAAAGCACAACGUAGCGGUCCUUUAUGACAACAACUGCUCUCGACAAAAGUCAAUUAUCUCGGAGUCAAGGUGUACUUCACUCUUUUGUAGCACUUCGGUAAGUCGGGUUGCUCGAAGUACAAUACACGAUAAAAUCCUCGAACCGUUGAAAAAUGAGAUGCAGAUAUCACCGCUGGCCACCGAACACUAAUCGAUUUCGAAUUGUUCUACUGAGGCUGAUGUGAUUCAACAAUAAAACAUUCUACGCAACAAAAUGUUACUUGUGCUGGCAUAGGGAAGGGGUAAUGAGCUCAAAAUACCAUGUAGACCAGCAUUUGAAGACUCGUUAAUCGCCACUUAGAUAAUUUUUAUGGCUCUUUUUUUAACCGACAGAAAUUCAGUGCAAACAACCAUGAUUCCAGAUCAACCUAAACACUUCUUUAUCGAAAGCCAACUCUAUCUUCAGCUACGCUGCCUGGACUUUUUGUGGGACUUUGGUGAGACACGCCAGGAUCGGACGUUUCUUUUGUCAAAGGAUGUGUUUCCCCUAGUAGUUGAUGCUCUCUUGCUGCAGCCACACCUCCUUGAAGACACUGGCCAAAGUGACAUAGCUAGAAGAAUUGUUGAUAUAAAUGAAUCGGCUCUCGGACCCUUUGGAGCAUUGGUGGAGUAUGAUUCCAACAUCCAGGAAGAAGUCUCCAAAAUGUCUCCUGUUAUUGACAAGCUACUCUUUAUAACAGACAGGUGCCAAUCAGAGCCUGCCGGAUAUGCAUUGUUUUCAAGCCAGGACGCUUCUAACAACUUGCUUUGUUGCACUUGGAAUGUCAAAUCUGCGCAGCUAUUGGUGGAUUGUGGAGCACUGGAAAAAAUGCUUAAUAUCACACAGAGGCUUCUGAUUAAUAAGGACAGCGCUGCCCCUCUUAGGUACUACUGUUGUCUGUUCCUGGCUAGACUGCGUUCAGCUCCUCUGGUCAAGCUGGACAGAGACACUUGUGCUGCUAUAGAUGAACUUAUUGAAGUCUUCCUAAAACAGAAUGUCCCCAACGAGAUUUCAAAAUGGGAGGAAGACACGUCUUACGUCUGGAUGUCAAUGAUGCCACUGGCUCAUCUUGCCUUUGCUGCUGGAAAGGAAUAUUACUGUAACCAAAUGAAAGUCUUAGAGUGCAAUACGACACAAAGCGAAGACCCAUACUUUCUCAAGAGCAAACAAUCAAAUGCUGCAAUAACUGAGUUCAAUAAAGCUGAAGCUGAAACCUCAAGUUCUGAAAACAGAGGAGAAAAAAGGGAAACAGUUUUUCUUGAAAGCGAACAAUCAGAAGCUUUCGUAACUGAUUUGGAUGAAGCUGACAAGGAUGAUGUGAAGGAACUGCAAAGAAGUUUAUACCCUUUGUUAAAUUCUGAUAACAGGGUAGAAAAUCAUGAAACAGCUUGCAAACGUAGGAAGAUUGAAGGACACACCCUGUUCGCAAUAUCUGAUAAUCCGGAAAUUGCAGCUGCAUUGUCUGAAGACAACGACUGUUUGACAGGAAAGAGGAAAAACCAAUUUAGAUGGCCAGGUUCUCCAUCAACACAAAAACUUGGAAUCUUUUCUCUGAUGCACAUGUUUUCAUUCAAAGAGAACCAGCAGUUGGCGCUGGCAGAGAAUCUCCUUCCAUACUUGGUGUGUCUGUCGUGGCAUCUAAAGCAUGAUGAGAGGGAAAAAUUAAGGACAAGUCUGGCAAAUUUUCACGAUGAUUUCUCGCCACCUUCUUUGAAAGUCAUUGCCAAAUCCAUGCUUGCUCUUGUUAAUGGCUUAGACAUGGUUUACAAACUAUGAACAGCCCAACAGACAGUGAAAUGAUAAUUACAGUAUUACUGAUCCAUGGC